UGUUUCAUUCACUGACAAAAAGUGACAUCGUCUGGAGUGGGGAAAGAUUUUAAUCUGAAAACGACGUUUCCCAGAUCAAAAUGUCUGAUUAUUCAGAGCAAGAAUAUGACGAAGAUCAAGAGGGGGUUGAAGAGCCUGAAUUGGGGGAUGAAGAAGGCGGAGAAGAUGAGGCUGCAGAGCAGGAAGAAGAAGAGAAACUUCCAGAGAAUCCACUGACUGAAGAUAUAGUUGGAGAAUGUUUGUCUUUAUUAACUAAGAUCGGUAGUGGCCUAGCACAUGCCUAUGUCAGGCUAGAUGUAAAAGACAGAGAAGUUACCGACGUCGCAAUUCUAAGUUCUUUCAUCCACCUCCGGUACGUUGACCUGUCAAUGAACAUGCUUCAUGACAUUUCACCUUUGAACUCCUUGACCCACCUCUUGACCUUGAAAUGUGAGCGUAACCUUCUACAGUCGGCCCAGUUGGACGAGCUACCUUAUCUCCAAGUUGCGAGCUUCUCGAAUAACCGCAUCACCUCAACUGAGGGUAUCAACCAUCCACUCUUGGAGUCACUCAAUUUAUCUUUCAAUGAAAUCAGCAUGGUAAGCGGCCUACAGCCCUCAAGUCUUGGACGACUUCACACACUGGAGUUAAGGGGCAACAGACUAACAACAACUGCCGGCAUCUACCUACCAAAUUUGAAGAACUUGUUUUUGGGAGGAAAUCUCAUCUCAAAAAUUGAAGGUCUGGAAAGAAUGGAACAUCUGACGACCCUUCACCUCCGCGACAACAAAAUCGUGAAACUGGACGGCUUCGCAGAGACUAUGAGCCAACUGCAGUAUAUCAACUUGAGAGGAAACGCCGUAACGGACGUCAAGGAGACUGUGAAGAUGAAGAGCCUUCCUAAGUUGAGGGCGCUCAUCCUAUCUGAGUGUCCAUGCUCAGAUGAGGAUGACUACAGGAUGGAGGUUCUCAUCAAUCUCAGAAGAGUCGAGAGACUAGACAAAGAUGAGUACAACGACGAAGAAAGACAAGAAGCUGAAGAUUUAUACGAACAGAGGAGGGCAGAGGAACUGGCAGCAGAGGGGACUGAAGAAGUUAUACACUCUGACACAGAAGACGCUUGAGGUACAUGCUUCGUUUUAAAAAAUAUACACAGCUACGACUUAUACAUCAUAUUGUGCAGACUACGAGUUGCCCCAAGCAAAAACCAGAUGGACCUUUACUCUGCGACGUCACAGUCAUGACUUUUGCCAACCUAAGAAAAAGUAUGAGUAGUCUUCACUCACAAUAAAAAUACAACAGUUUAUCAUUUAAUGCUAUCAAUUUACCCAUAUGACUGGUAAAUCAAUUGUGCUACUCAAAACAAAAAGUGCACAUGUUCUUCCGUUUGAAAAAGUGUUAAAGUCUGUGAACCCCAAGGCAGCCCAAGUGGUGGACAGUGUUUGUAAACAGAAGAAAGGCUUAUAAACCUAGAAAGCCAAUGGAUAGAUAUUGAUUCCUUUUCCUGUAACGAUUUGCUGCUUAGCCAAAAUAAGCAGAUACCAGUUACAGAUUGUACAUGUGACAUCAUAUUUGGGCUGGUAAGUUAAGUCUCGUAAGCACUAGUUUGUUGUGCUUUAAUAGCUAUCUUUGUGCUGCAAAACAGCUCUAUGAUUUGGGCCUAGAGCCCAUUCACAGAGCUGUUACAGUCAGAAAGUAAUGCUGAGCAAUUUUCUGCUAAGCAGAAAUUAGCAAAGUACCAGGCCAAAUUGUACGUGUGACAUUAUGGUUCGGCUGGUAACCAUAUUCUGGUAAGCAUAAUUUUCUUGUACUUUGCAACUUGUUGUGCUAAAAAGCAGCGCUGGGGCCCAGGCACAGGUCACAGGUUUAAGUUGGAGACUGUUUACUUUUAAUGGUGAAGGUGAAGUGAGCCCUCUUGUGGUGAAACGCAGAAAGGCAAAAGUUUGUCAUGCAUUGAAGUAAAGUGAAGUUGCAACAACGUUAGCAACAGUUUUAUCCAUAGCUGUAAGCACCAAUUUCAAUAUUGCCUGAGACUGGGUUUGCCAUGGGUACAAAGCUUCCAUAAUUCAAAAAUCCAUCCGAAACAAACAAAAAUCGUAUCAUUCCAUACAAAAAUGGUCCUUGGGAAUCGAGCUUUUCUGCUACGUCAAAAAUCAACCAAGGUGAUCAACCCACCACACACUAAAAGAUAAGUUUCUUAGGACGUGUCUGAAAAAACGACUUCGGCUACAGCUACGUCUAGAUCAGCGCGUCUACCAGUGUUGAAGAAUAGGCAGACGCGCGCGAUCUAGCCGUAGCUGUAGCCGAAGUCGCCGUUUCGGACACGGCCUUAGUUGAGUUGUUCACAUCAAUCUCUUCCCCUGUAUCAACUGUAAUCUUACAUCUGUGGUCAAGAGGUAAAAUAGAAUGUAUAAUUGUUGCUAUUUUUACAAAAAGAAAAUACACAAGCUCCAUGUAUAUAUACAAUUAAUAUGAAUUUUGAUACAUGUAGAUAUGUUAAAUUUGCAUUGGGGAUAAAGAAUAUUAUAUAUAAAUGAUAACAAAAUUGGUCAAGUUGAUGUAUCUAUGUGUAAAUAGUGUGCAAAGGUUUUUUACUUAUUUCGAUAAUACGUCCUGAAAGACUUGUAAAGAUGUGAAUAAACAACCAAUAA